AUGGCAAGGUACACACAACACCUCCCACGCCAGGCAAAUGACGAGCACGUGGCUCCCUACUACGUCCCGACACAGAAGUCGGGGAACCUGUUCCAGAAAAUCAAGGGCUUCUUCAGCCAGCCAAACAAGGUGAAAAAUAACGAGCCCAUCGCCAGCGGCACACACGGACAGCAACGGCAGACGAAGAAAAAGCAUCCGUUCGAAAACGUCAACGUGUCUGCAAUCGACCUCUCCCUCCAGUCGAACCUCUCGUACACAUCCAAAAACCCAAACGACACUCUCUCAGAGUUCUUCAACAAGAAGGGCGACACGCCCUUGAACGACAUCGAAAUCGAGGGCGUGCUCAGCCUGAUCAAGAAAUCACAGACGUCGAGAGCCCCAAGCCGAAAUAACAGCACCAUGUUCUCCGUCACAAACAACAACAUCCACCCGCAACCCCAGCACCACCUGCUCAACCACAGCAUGUUCCUAAACUCAAACACAGACUCAAAGCUCGGAGGCCUCUCAUCCUUCAAUGACGUCAACAACACCACCAUCCUCAGACCGGCCUCGGGCAAGAUGAAGGCCCCUGUGAGAAUCAAUACCCCCACUUACGUGCCCCGCAAACCGAGUGACAGCAGACACGUUACCCUCGACAACCCGGGCCUGCCCAACACGUCCAACAAGUCGUUCAACUCCUCCAUGGGCUCGAGGUCCUUCAUGAACACGGGCGCCAUCAGAAAAAGAAGAAUUGUGGACUACUCCACAUUGCAAUCGCCUUACAAGGUGAAAACUUCUUCUUCGUUAUCUGCAUUUCUAGAAAAGAAGAAGUUGUUGGAGAAGCAGGCUAACGAGCAAAAGGCGCAGCUGUUGAAGACGCAAGCAGCAGCAACGGAAGAUAAAACCGGAAUCAACUACAAUGGAGGUAUCAUAGACCUUUCAAACCUAGACGAAAAUGAUGAUGAGCGGGAAUUGCACAAGAAGAAAAUUAAAGUUGACCUGGUGAAGCCAUUGGAAUCACAAAACCUGAGUAAGACCGCCAGCAAAGUCCUCGACAUUUUGAAUUUUGACAGCGCCAAAAAAACGACUUCAGAAGAUCCGAAACCAGCAUCCAAACCUGUUUCUUCUGAGAGCCUGAUUAUUACUAUCGAUGAUGAAGAUGAUGAUGUUGCCAAAACAGAACCACAAAAGCCAAAGCUAAACAACUUCAAAAGCAUACCAAAGGAAAUUCCUGCUGUCAAGCCACUACCAGUAUUCAAUUUCAAGGCACAGAAAGAAUUAGGUAAAGAUUUUACGAAACAGUCUGCGAAAGAGCCUGUCAAAGAGUCUCUCAUGGAGAAUAAACCGUCACAGUUCAACUUCAAAGGCGUGGAACAGCAAAAUAAACAAUCAGAACCAGCUAGCAUUAUUCCAACAUUCUCCUUUGGUAGCACAAAAGCGACAUCGGCUAACAGCACAGAAAACAAGUCUCCUGUUUUCCAUUUUGGUAACCCUCUUAAACCUCAAGCGCUGGAGGAAAAUGUAAGGAAGGCACUUGAUAAUACAGUAGCACCUCGGGUACAACCAGCGGUUAACGGUAUAAAGGAAGAAACGCCCAGCGAGCUAGAUGAUCUUGAAAUUAUUGAUUCGUUCGAAUUUCCAGAUGUAGAAAUCUUCCAUUCAGAUACCGCAAGCGGCAGCAACAACCAUGCAUCAAACGGUGUUCAUAGCAAGCCCACAGUCGAUGGCAGUGCCGAACCGCGGUUUGAGUUUCCUGCAAUUCCUAAUAUCUCUCCAAAAACUCUGGAACUCUUCGAGGCAGAGCCAGCGGACCAGUACCAGGAUGUGUUUAGAUUUUAA